AUGCCUCUCCACGCCCGCGCACCGGCGCUCCACCGCUCCUCCCACCUUCUCCCCACCGCCACCGCUCGGCUCCGCCCGUGCGCAGCGCCAGCGGCCAAACCCCGCCGCCGCACCCUCUCCUCCCUCGUCCGUGCCUCCAACUCCGACCCUCCGCAGCAGCAGCAGGUCAACCUCUCCGUCCUACGCUUCACCCUCGGGAUCCCGGGGCUGGACGAGUCGUACCUCCCGCGGUGGAUAGGCCUCGGUUUCGGCGCGCUCGUGGUCCUCAACCACCUCCUCUCCCCGCCCCCCACGCCCGCGCAGCUCAGGUCCGAGGCUCUGGGGCUGUGCCUGGCCGCGUUCUCGGCGACGCUGCCGUUCCUCGGGAGGUUCCUUGAGGGCGCUGAUGCUGCCAGCCGAGUGCCGUUGCCCGAGGGGAGCAGCCAGGUGUUCGUCAUGUCCGAGAACCUGUCAGCGGUGCAGAAGGAGGACAUGGCGUGGGCGUCCUAUGUCCUGCUGCGGAACACAAACACCACGUCUGUGGUCAUAGCAAUUGGGGAUCUCUUCUGCGUACGAGGAUACUGGAAUCCACCUGCAAAUACUUCAAAAUAUGCCAUGAUUGAGUGGUUCAAAAGUCAGAUGCAACAGGUAGGACUUGUUGAUUUGAAGGAUGCUUUGUACUUCCCUAAUUCCUCAGAUUCUCAGCUUGUGAAGAUUCUGCCAGAUGGGAUUCUUUCUGUGUUAGCUCAACCAAUUCUGAGUCCUGAUCCAGCUAAUAAUGAAACAAAAACUGAAGGUGUCAUCCUGUUGGCUUCCAAUGCAAAUUAUGCAUAUAGCAAGAAAGAUAGGGCCUGGAUAAGAACAGUUGCAAACAAAUUUCAACGUGCUUAA